AUGGGUGACAAUUCCGAAAGGACUGAAGAGACUCCCAACCCCGUUGACGGGGGAGGGAUCUCUACGACCGGAGUUGCCUCCAAUCCUGGGAACGUCCCUCCCACCUGGAGCUACCGAGAGCCUACUCGAGAGCCGGGUAUGGAGACUCGUUCCCAGUCGGGACAUGGUAGGUCGGACACGGAGGUGUCUGACCCCUUGUCUGACAACCCGCCGCCUCCUGUCGGGAUGGCAGCCUACCGGGCCGCCCGCCUGGGGGAGGCCGGGUUUAAGAGGGAUGAACCUCCCCAUGAUGGGUAUACCCAUCUUGGGACUGACUCGGGGGCCGCUCUGUCUGGGCGAUACCCCCCUCGUCUUCCAGUCCCGGUCGUCCCCGUCUCGGGUGAGCUGGAUCCUCGUGGGACCAAGGGGGCCGAAAGCCUCCCUGAUCCGAAGGACAAGCGAGCUCGACGUUGGGACGGGGAAGGGACGACUCUAGAAGAUAUGAUAGAGUGGUUUGAAGCCCGAGCUCCCGCUAGCUUGCAAGGGCGGAAUAGGAUGAAAGCGUUUGCCAAGUAUGCUACCCCUUCGGCGAGGAGCCUCUUAGAGGAGAUCCCGGAGGUUCUAGACGACAUUAACUCCUGGGAGGACUUCCUCCGGUGUCUUAGGGUGAACUUCCCGGAUAGGACCCGGCUUCGGAACCUCACGACCCAGGAGUUCGAGGAUCGGAGUAAGAGGCUGCUGGCGGGAAGCUGGACUAGGAGGGAAGACGUGUUCACCGCGGGAGUGGCGUUCGGCCGCCUGGUGAGGCAGUAUACUCGUGAGAGCUCGGAUUCUAUCCGGGCCAACGAGACGUACUACAAACUAUGCCACCAGAGGGUAGCCGACGCGAUCAUUCAGUGGUAUAAGCCGAGGUGGAUCGCUGAAAAGGGGUGGGACGGGGAGAGCCUGCCACCUUGGAAGUGGCUGCUGCAGGGCCAUGUCGACUGGUACGACCCGCAGAACAAGAUGGCGAAUGCCAUGCUCCUGCGCUUACGCCCAGAGCUCCCUACCAUGGCUCAGCUGGCUGGGGAUGCCUCGGAGAAGAAGGAGCGUUCAAUGGAGCGGGAGGAGGACUGGGGGCGGAGGUGGGAGCGUGGUGUCCGUCCUAGAGAAGAGAAACCGGAGAGUGAAGCGGACCAGGUGGAGAGGCUGGUGAAGCAGAUGCACGAUCUGAGCAUCCAGCACCGCGCGGGGGGACUGAAGAGUAGGAAGGAGAUCUCAGUGAGGUAUCAGGCCGCCCAUCAGGCGCUCCGAGCCCUACCGGGAGGGGCAGCAGCCGCAGCCUGUUGGGAGCCCAACCUGAAAGACCCUCUGGGAGAUGGCCGCGUGUUUGCCCAAGCCUGUUCCGAGGCGUUAGAGGUGGCUGAAAACCACGGUAUCAAGUCGACCGACUAUGCUCAGAAGUAUGCCAUAGUCUCGUACUAUGCCCCUCAAGGGCGGAAGGUGUCAGACUACCUGCCCGCCCCGGGGUACAUGUUCCCAGACCAACCGGCCGGCGACUUGGCUCCUCGGAGGGCGGUUGCGUAUAGUGCUGAGUCCACGGCCCGGGUAGGGCCCCCACCGGGUAGGAGUACGUCCUCACCCCGGGGUGCCUGCUUCUUCUGCAGGGGGACAGGGCACCUGAAGGCCAACUGUCCUGUCCGGGCCGACUACAUCGCUCGCGGCAUAGUGCGCCUUCAUCCCUACGUGGCUCAGAGUGGCCAGCGGAUGUUGGGGGACAGAUGGGCACUCCCGGACCACCCGCUCCACGACCAAAGGGUCCGUGAGGAGGCUGGGAAGUGCCCCAAGGAGCUUUAUGAGGAGAUCCUGGGCCUGGUGGGCCGGACCUCUAGCUCGCCGACGGGCCCCGGAAACACUACGGCAAACUUGAUUGAAGUAGAGGACAACCAGCGACUGCAUGAGGACCUGGAGGCGCAUUGGUACGCUGAGGACCGGGAGUUGAGUGGUGACGAGGAAGGGGUAGAGGUGUGCUAUCUAGAGCUGGGCGGCUCGACUCCGGCAGUGGCUAGUGUCGGUGUUCAGGCCCUAGGCCUUGGGCGUUGGGAGGGGACACGAGGGGUGACAGCCGGAGUUAGAGGGUCUGGAUCUCUUAGAAAAGAGCGGCUCCGACGCAGUGAUAAUGAGGUUCUCCGCUCUCAGAUGGAGCGGCUCUGGGAUGCCGAAGAUAGAGGGCUGGGGCUCCCUAGUUCGGGGUCCGACCCGCAGGCCUGUCAAUGGGCUGAGGCAGCCCCAGCUCUGGUGGACUGCGGGGUGUUUGCGGUAUCGGCCUUGGGAGAAGAAUACGGACCUCGGAGCCUAUCCGAGGCCCGAGGGGCUAGGAUCAUGGGGACUACUGGGCUGCUUCAUGGCCAGCUUUGCGAUGCGGUAGGAAGAGCAGAAGAGGAGACCCUCCGACGAGAGGCUACCACUUCCUUCUCUGUAAGCUCCGCCUUGAGAGACCAUGUUCUCCAGGCGGAAAGCUACGCGGCCGAAAGGAGUGUGGGGGACCAAGCAGCGAGGCGAAAGGCGGCCCCCUACCCCUCCUCCUCAGGGGGAGCGCCUUCCAAGGGAUACUAUCAGCCUACAGGAGCCACCCCGAGGAGAGAGGGGAGGCCCAUCCGUGGAGGGCCCCCUGAGAAACCGCGGCAGGGAGCUGGAACGCCUAUCGUAGAGAUACCCCGGGGAGGAGGAUCCAAGGCCCCUUCGGGCUUGCCCAAGCCCGCUAGUCCAUCCCCUCCGGCGGCCCCUAAGGGGGACGAGAAUGGACUGAUACCGGCUCAGAUGCGGCCGAAGCCCAGCAUCCUGGCGAGCCAGGUUCCUUGCGAGACGGUGUGUGCCAAGAUUUUGGAAGAGAAGAUGAGGAACCUUGGGAGCCUCAGCCUGAGAGAGCUCCUGGCGAUAGCUCCUCCCCUCGCGGGCUACCUCAACGCAGUGACUCGGCGCCGCAAGGUUGUGGAAGCCUCGGAGGUCCUGGUCGUCGAGCCCGGCCCCGAGGACCACAGUUCGGACGAAGGGGACCCCCUGGAUGGGGAGGUUGAGUCGUACCGAGUAAACUUGGAGAAACUUGUGCUAGGCGAUGGGCCCGGAUGGAGGGGUGAUAGGGAGGUCUGCCCCGAGGAAUGGUUCCAGCAGGGAGUGUACUACAGCAGUGGUCCCGAGCCUCCUAAGAGCGAGGUGGCCGGGUGGGGCUGCGCGGACCAGGAAUGGUGCACCUCUCCUUUGUCGGUCAAAACCGUGAUGGUUCCCGUGAGCCUGAAUGGGGUGGACUGUCUGGCAAUCGUGGACGACGGAUCGCAGAUCAACAUGGUCUCGGACGUCUUCUAUGACAAAAUGACUCAGGAAGUCAAGUCGCCUAUCCGGACGGAUCUACGUUACUCUGUAUCCGGGGUCCAUGGCGAGGCGGUUCCGUUGGCGGGAUACUUCCAGGCGGACGUGAAGAUAGGGGCCUUGGUGACGCGGCACAUCUUCUGGGUCAACCGACAUGCCCCCAAAGACAAAAUCUUUCUGGGGAUGCCCUACAUCGCCCAGAAUCUGGUUGACUUUGUCUGGUGUGGGUACAGGAGAGUCAUGCGGGUUAAUGCCCCCUCGGGAGUGUUGGAAAUCCCCCUGCAUCCCGAUGAUGGACCGGUGAUCACCGUGGCUGAGAAGAGGGCUUGGAAGGACCGUCGGAAGCCAUUGGGAACCCGUCUUCGGGCGCUGCGCCUCCUCAAGAGGUCUCCUGUGACGUCGCACCGGGUAGAGGCGCAGCAUACCUUUGUGCAAGUAGGGGAAGACUGGGCUCCGGUCCAGAUUGGAGCGCCGCCCUCGGGAUCCCGAGUUGACUGGGACCCCGAGGAGGAGCGUUUGACCUGGGUGGAGGAGGCUGACCCGGAGGUGGCUGUUCACGGAGCCGAUGUUAGUUCCCCGGAGGCCAUACGUUUGGAGUACACCUGGACUCCCAAGUGUCGUACCCCGCCUUCCCGGGAGUCUCGGGAGGUGACCCCUACCCCGAAAAGGGUGAGGCUUGAGCCGGGAGACUCCGAAGCGGCGGAUUCGGGGCAGCAAGAAGAGACCGACCUAGAAUUGGGGACGGAUGCCGGAGAGGAGCCCCGCCCUGACUCCCCGGGGGAAGGAGACGAGUCCGAGGCGCUGUGGGAGGAGAGCCAGAGGUCGGCGGAGAACAUAGUUGGGGGCAUGGAUCCUCUGACUGCUGCCCUAGAGCGGGCGGUAGACUUCGUGGACAAGGAGGAGGAGGUGGAGGACUGUUAUGAGCUCGUCGUUGAAGACAGAUCCUCCCGCUCCGUCCUCCUCCUGGGACCGACGGGGCGAUACUACUCGGCUCGUCUAGCUCAGCCCCUGAGAGAGGUACACCCCCGGGUGGGGGCUUGCGAGAGGGAGUUUGUGACUGCCUACGGGGCCUAUAAACCCGUGGCCAAAAAGAAGCGGCCUGUGGAAACUACGAUGAAGGAGGAAGAUAAGCCAUUGAUGAAAGUGCCCCCGGACCUGUGGGACGAACUGCCGAGGGUAGAGCCUGAAGGCCCCGACUGGACACAUCUCCCUCGGGGGAAGAGGCUCAGCCCCGAGCGCCUAGAGAAGGUGAAUGAAGAGGCACUGGCUUGGACAGAGGACGAAAAGGGUGGUUUCGACGAGCGCUACAUCCCGCCUGUAAGGAUCCCGGUGGUGGACCACAAGCCUUGGCAGGAUAAGAACAUCAGGCUCCCUCUGCGCACCCGCGAGAAGGUCAUAGCCUUCCUCCGGGAAAAGAUCGAGGCUGGUCUCUACGAACGGUCUCAGUCCUCCUACCGGUCGGGGUUCUUUGCCGUCGAAAAGAAAGAUGGGCGGAUUCGUCUGGUGCAUGACUUGCAGAAGCUGAACUCUAUCACUGUGCGCGAUGCUGGAGUGCCUCCCAAUAUGGAUGAGAUGACAGAAGAACUGGCAGGCUGCUACAUCUACACGGGCCUAGAUGCCUUCUCGGGCUACGAUCAGGCUGCCCUUGAUGCUCGGUCCCGGGACCUCACCACCUUUGAAUCUCCCAUGGGUACCAUGAGAUUGAGGCGCCUUCCCCAGGGAUGGACGAACGCGGUGGCCGUAUUUCAGCGAAUUAUGGCUUUCAUCUUCGCUGAAGAACUUCACCGCCUUCUAAAACUCUACGUCGAUGACGUGGUAGUUAGCGGACCGCGAGUGAAAGACGAGGACCGGGAAGAGCAGGAGGGGUACGUCGCCCCGGGGGUCCGGAAGUUUGUCUUUGAACACGCCAAAUAUCUCAACGUGGUUCUUCAUAAGAUGAAAAAGUACGGGGGGACCUUCUCUGGAGGGAAGCUGCAGAUCGGGGUCCGAGAAAUAGCUGUAGUGGGCUAUCUCAUUUCGGCAGAAGGGAGGAGGUUGACCCAUGAGGCGAUCGCGAAAGUAUUGAAGUGGCCGGCUUGUAAGAGCCCGACGGAGGUGAGGGGGUUCCUGGGAACGGUCGGGAUAGCCAGGAAUUGGAUACGCCGCUACGGGGCCAUGGCACGCCCCCUAGUGGAGCUGACCGUUCUGGUGCCCCGCGACUUCUGGUGGUCCGAGGUGCACGAUGAAGCAAUGGAAACUAUCAAACGGGCUGUGGCUGACUCGGGGUGUAUCAAGCCUAUCGACUACUCUCGAUUGGAAGAGUACCCCAUCAUAGUGGCAAUUGAUUCUAGCCAGAGGGGCUGCGGGGUUGCCAUGGCUCAAAUGGGUAGGGAUGGCAAGAGGUACUACGCACGAUUCAUGAGUUUCUACUUCAACGAGGUCCAGCAGCGGUAUAGCCAGCCCAAGUUGGAGCUCUACGGAGUCUUCGUAGGACUGAGGGCUCUACGAUACUACAUCCAUGGCACUAAGUUCAUCCUGGAGGUGGACUGUUCGUCUGUCAAACAGAUGAUCGACUCGCCGGGGCUACCGAACUCCGUGGAGAGCAGGUGGUGUUGGUACAUCAAAAUGAACGACUUCGUACUCCGCCAUGUUCCGGGGGUCCACCACAGAGUGCCGGAUGGGCUUUCAAGGAGGCCACGGGCAGAGGAAGACAGCGAGGAGGACGUGGACCCAGAGGCCUGGCUGGACCAGCAAGAAGAACUAGGACACAUGAGCGUGGAAGUCCGGACUCUAAGGAUGGUGCGCAGGAGACGAGUGACAGACGGGUUACGCCGUAGCUUAGCUCCUGAGCCCAGUUUUGACGAGAGUCUAUACGAUCUGACUGACAAGUGGAGACAGGUCGGGUUCUUCCUAGAUAAACGAGAAGACCCAGAAAAGCAAGCAGCGAGGGAGGCAGGGUUGGAACCUUUGAAGAGAGAAGCGAUCCGCCAGUUGGCAAGCCAAUGCUUCCUUCGGGGAGGGAGGGUACACCGCCAGCAUAAGGGGCGCCUCCCCCGCAUGGUGCUAGGACGGCAAGAUGACAAGGACCGGGUCUUGCGGAAUCUCCAUGAGUCCAGGGGGCACAGAGGUAAGAAUGCCCUCUUCGCCCUGGUGGCAGACCGGUUCUACUGGGAUGGGAUGAUGAAGGACAUCGAGCACUGGGUUCGGUCUUGCCCUCAAUGCCAGGCCCGAGACUGGAGGCUGUACAGCGAGGCCCGGCGCCCUGUAACGGUGCCAAUGGUGUUCAGUAAGAUCACCAUCGACUGUUUCCACAUGCCUCCCUGCUCCCGAACAGGGAUGUCUGUGGUAGUGGUCGCGAGGGAUGACUUAACAGGGUGGGCUGAAGCAGACGCCCUCCCGGCUCAGUCAGCAGCCGUGGUGGCAGCUUGGUUCUUCAAGAACGUGGUGACUCGAUUCGGGCUGGUGGGACAAGUGACUAGUGACAACGGCGGCGAAUUCCGGGGCGAGUUCAAUGAGCAACUAGUCCGUUAUGGUAUCCCACAAGUAUCGAUCAGCGCCUACAACCCGGCAGCGAACGGAGCAAAUGAAAGGGGACAUGCGGCGCUCAAAGAGGCCAUGUUCAAGGCCUCCCUCUCUGAAGGGGAUGACUGGGUCGACUGGCUGCCCUACGCUCUUUGGGCAGAUCGGACCACGGCGAGAAGGUCAACAGGGUACAGCCCGUACCAACUCCUUUACGGACAGCAUGCCGUCUUCCCAGUGGAUAUGGAAUUUGAGACCUUUCUGAUCGAGGGAUGGGAUGAAACUCGCACUACCGCUGACCUCCUCCGGCAACGGAUGAUUCAGCUGUGGAACGUUGGACAGGACCGGCACGUAGCAAGGCAUCAGCUACAGGAAAGCCGCGACGCGUCAGUCAGGCACCACAAUGAGGUGAAUGCGAGGCAAUUCCGCGAUAGGGACUUCAAGGUCGGGGACAUGGUUUUGGUGCGCAACGCUGCCCAGGAGAACACGAUGAAGGUGAAGAAGGAACCCCGCUAUCGAGGGCCGUACAGGAUAGCAAAACUCUCACGUAUGGGAGCAGCGGACCUCAAAGAACUGGAUGGCACUAUGGUACUGGAUAGGGGCCUUCGGCAUGUGGGUCACAACCGUCUGAGGCGGUUCCAGGACCGUGAGGAUAGGACCCGUUUCGCGACCCCAGAAGAACGAGCGAAACGCGUCUCUGUUACGUACCCACCUCCUGCAGGGAACAGCGAGAGGCAGCGGCGACCGGACGCGACUAUUACCGAUUGGCUACCCUCGAGCGAUCUGCCAGACCUUCCGUGA